AUCUACAGUGGGUUCCACUUCCUCCAUUCCAUAUGCCUAAAUGCCUCCAUUUCCAUUCCUUUCUUCCCUACGAUAAAUCCAAACUAAUAACCAAUUCCUCCAUCUAUCCUCUUAUUUCUCUUGAUCAAGUCAUCAACUAUGAAAACCCAAUAUCCGCUGCUGCAUCUUUCGUAGAAAAACCAGAAACAAACGGAAAAACGACAUCUUUUCUAGCUUUGAAAUUGCAUCACACUACCUGGAUAGCAAUCAGCAAAGCAAUCUCUCUCUCUCCUUUCCAUUGAGCAGUUCAAAGGCAAAAACCCAGCCAAGAAAUUCAGAAAUGCUACUCUCUCUUGUACAAAGCAGCUUCAUUUCAUCAUCGACUUUCCACUCCAAAAUUCACACCAACUUAAACCCUCUAAAACCCUCCUUUUUACUUCCCAAAACCCUUUUCCCAAUUUUUAAUACUCAACCCACCAGCAAAACGUUACUCAAGCUGUCACCAAGGAAUGCUACUGGAAUAUGUGCUUCCCUGCUUGAGGCUCCAGUGCUGUGGGCUGGCAGGCUUUGCAUUUACUAUGCACUAUUGAAGGCUGGUUUAGCUGGAUCUCAGGCUAACCCACUUGUCUCAGGUCUGGAGAGUGGUGGUACUAUUGGUGAGUCUGGUGAUUUGGGGUUCUCUAAGUGGUUGGAGAAUAUACAAGGGAAACCAGACAAGGAAGCAGCUGACAAGAGAAAAUUGGUCAGUAAAUGGCAUCCAACCACAAAAGGUACACUUAAAAGGAACUACAGGGUUCCUUCCAAAUCAGAAGGGCGGCGACUACUAAAAGCAGUUGCAUUCCUACUGUCAGAUGAUGAUCAUUUUACUGAUGCCACUUCCCACAAGGGUUGUCAAAUCAGGAGGGAGAGUGCUCAUGGGGAAAGUGUGUGCUGCAAUAAUGUUAGAGCUCUGUUUGAUGAGCUUCCUACUCCCCACCUUACAGUGGAAAUUACCCCAUUUCCUGCAGGGCCUCUCACCGAAAAAGAUUAUGUCAAGGCUGAGAAACUGGAGAGGGUUCUAAGAUCUGCUCCUUCUGUUUAAAAUACAUUUUAAGAUGUAAGGUUACCUUCAUUGUAUGUAUCCAGUCUGUAAGGUGUACAUGUUAGAAUUAUCAACAGGAAAAUUAUGCUCAUCUGCUGUUGUUGUUGUACUUUACAACUGGGCAAUGAGGGCUGGAAAUGAGAGAAAGCAAUGCACUGAUUUCUGCCAUGAGAUGUGCGUUGAAGGCAAUUAUUUUUGCUGAGUUGAUAAUGAUGGAGUUCUUCUUCAUCUUCUUCUUAGGCUUCAGCUCUAAGCUUGAAAGUUCCCUUUAGCAGAACUUCCAACCCCAAAAGACCCGCAGGACUAUAUUCUUAGCACUUUGGAGCUUUCUGGCAAUCCCAAAGCCUCUCCUUUUGUUCCCUUUUCUUUUUCUGAUGAAACGUUGUCCAUAGGCAAACCCCAAUGCCGGGAAAUUGCUUGCU